AUGGCAGUCGGUCCCUUUGCAAGAAUAUUGGCCCAACUGGUGGUUCCUGUGGUGGCAGUCUUGGCAAGAGCACUUCCAGCCGCGUAUGCACAAGCUUUGCAGAAUGCCCGCAAGGCAGGAGGAGCAGCCGCUGCGGAUGCCGCGGCCAAAGCACCCCUAUUUGGGAAAAAGGCCAUGUCGCAACAGGAAGCACUCCAAAUAUUGAACAUGACAGAGCAAAAAGCAUUGACACCAGAGGCUGUUCAGAAGCAAUUUGAAAAAUUCAUGGAGGCCAAUGAUGUUUCAAAGGGGGGAUCAUUCUAUCUACAAUCCAAAUUUUAUAGAGCCAAUGAAUUGCUGCAGGAUUAUAUUCAAGACCAACACACGAAAACUGGUACUACUGGUCCAGUGGCUCCAACUCAACCAGAUGAAGAAGAAGACACACAGCAACAACAAUCUGCAAAUGAUUCUUCCUCAUCAGAACAGCAGCAACAACAAAAGUAA